CCAUCAAUUAUUGAAUCAGUAUUCACAUAUGACUCUUGCUUUACUAUUACCACUGCCAACCAUUCAAACACAAAACCAUUCACAUACCACUCUUUGCUCUUUUGCUAACAGAUCUUCAUUUCCUUCAAACUUUUGCUGAUACAACAUGGCUGCAUCUCUGAUUGGAAGUGCUUUCCUCUCUGCAACUGUUCAAACCUUAGUUGAGAAACUUGCUUCCAAAGAGUUUCUUGACUACAUCACAAACACUAAGCUUGACGUCUCACUCUUGAAACAGAUAAGAGCAACACUACGCACUCUUCAACCUGUGCUUGACGCUGCAGAGGAGAAGCAGAUCAACACUCCUUCUGUCAAAGACUGGCUUGAUGACUUGAAAGAUGCUGUCUACGAUGCUGAAGAUUUGCUCAAUCAAAUUAGCUAUGAUUCCCUUCGAUGCAAGAUGGAGAACACGCAACCUGCAAGCAAAACCAAACAGGUGUGGAAUUUACUCUCUUCUCCUUUUAAAAAUAGUUAUGGAGAGAUAAAUUCCCAAAUGAAAGACAUGUGUGAAACUCUGAAACAUUUUGCUGAUAAUAAAGAUAUACUUAGUUUGCAAACUAAAAGUGUCAGAGUUUCUCAUAGAACACCUUCAAGUCCUAUGGUCAAUGAAUCUGUCAUGGUUGGUAGGAAAGAUGACCAAGAGAAAAUAAUGAACAUGUUACUAUCAGAAAGCAGUACUAAUAUGGGCGUAGUUGCAAUUGUAGGCAUGGGAGGAGUCGGAAAAACAACACUUGCACAACUGGCUUACAAUGAUGAAAAUGUUCAAAAGCACUUUGAUCUCACAGCAUGGGCUUGUGUAUCAGAGGAUUUUGAUGUUUUUAGAGUAACCAAAACUCUCCUUGAAUCUGUCACUAAAACACCACAGGAAACCGAUAAUCUUGAUUUACUUCGAGUUGAGUUAAAGAAAAAUUUAAGGGAUAGGAGAUUUUUCAUUGUGUUGGAUGACUUAUGGAAUGACAAUUGUUCUGAUUGGGAUGAACUUGUAUCUCCGUUGAUUUAUGGAAAAAAUGGAAGCAGAGUGAUCAUCACAACACACCACAAAAAAGUGGCAGAUGUAGCACGCACAUUUCCUAUUAUUGAAUUAGAUCUUCUAUCAGAUGAAGAUAGCUGGUCUUUACUCUCCAAACAUGCAUUUGGAAGUGGAGACUUUUCUGAAUCUCAACGCCGAAACCUAGAUGAAAUUGGCAAGCAGAUUGCAAGAAAGUGUGGUGGAUUGCCAAUUGCUGCAAAAUCACUUGGAGGACUAUUGCGUUCGAAAGUAGACACUGAAGAGUGGAUCGAAGUUCUGAACAAUGACAUAUGGAACUUACAGAAUGAUAAUAUUAUUCCUGCAUUGCGCCUGAGUUAUCAAUAUCUUUCAUCUCAAUUGAAAAGAUGUUUUUCCUAUUGCUCUAUUUUUCCAAAAGACUAUCCACUUGAUAGGAAGCAAUUGGUUUUGUUGUGGAUGGCAGAAGGUUUCCUUGAUCAUUCUCAAAACAGAAAAACCAUGGAAGAAGUAGGUGAUGAGUGUUUUGGUGAAUUGUUAUCCAGAUCAUUGCUUCAACAAUUGCAUGGUGAUUCUACAGGGGAAACUUUUGUCAUGCACGACCUUGUUAAUGAUUUAGCCUCUGUUGUAUCUGGAAAAAGUUGUUACAGACUUGAAUAUGACUCUAAAAGCUAUGAAAAUAUUCGCCACUUGUCAUAUAUUAAAAAUAGUUAUGACAGUUUCAAGAUGUUUAAGACUUUCUACAGAUUCAAAUGCUUGAGAAGCUUCCUAGCCAUUAACUCUGCUGAAAGGGGAAGAGAUUCUUUAUCAAGAAAGGUGGUCGAUGAUUUGCUCCCCACGUUUGGAAGGUUGCGCGUGUUGUCGUUGUCAAAAUAUAGAAACAUCACCACACUACCCGAUACAAUUGGCAAUUUAGUGCAGUUGCGCUAUCUAGAUCUCUCUUACAUGAAUAUCACAAGCUUGCCUGACACCAUAUGCAACCUCUAUUACUUACAAACCUUGAUUUUAUCUUGUUGCUCAGAACUCACAGAAUUGCCAGAGCAUGUUGGAAAAUUAAUUAAUUUGCGUCAUCUUUAUAUUGAUAUGACAAGCAUAAUAGAGAUGCCAAAGCAAAUUGCUGAACUAGAAAACCUUCAAACUCUAACUCUUUUUGUAGUAGGCAAGGAUAAUAUUGGUUUAAGUAUCAGAGAGCUUAGAAAGUUUCCUAACCUACGGGGAAAACUAUUCAUCAAGAACCUACAAAAUGUCAUUGAUGUCAUGGAGGCAAGUGAUAUCAACUUGAAGAGCAAAGAGCAUAUUGAAGAAUUGACGCUACAAUGGGGCAAGGAAACUGAAGACUCACUUAAUGAAAGAAAUGUGCUUGAUAUGUUACAACCAUCUACAAGCCUUAAGAAAUUGAGCAUUGACAUGUAUGGUGGGACACGUUUUCCAAGUUGGACGGGAAAUCCAUCAUUUUUUAACAUGGUGUCCCUCUGUAUUGAUAACUGUGUCAAUUGCACAACACUUCCACCACUAGGGCAGCUGCCUUCUCUCAAGGAAUUGCACAUUGGUGGAAUGACAAUUUUGGAGACCAUUGGGCAGGAGUUCUAUGGCAUGGCCGCAGGAGGUUCCAGUUUUUCAUUCCAACCAUUUUCUUCCCUUGAGAAGCUUGUGAUUGAGAAAAUGUCAAAUUGGAAGGAAUGGCAUCCUUUUCAAGGUGACAUAUAUCCUUUUCUCCGUCUUAAAACUCUCGAGUUAUCUAAGUGUCCUGAACUGAGGGGACAUCUGCCUAGUCAACUUCUUUCCAUAGAAGAAAUUAAAAUAUCUGGUUGUGAUCAUCUCUUGGCGACACCACCUUCUCAGCAUUGGCUCUCCUCAAUAAAAAUGAUUUAUAUUAAGGGAGAUUCGAAUUCAGAAAUCGAUACUGAAAGGACUCAAUGCUCAUUGCUCGAGAGUGAUUCUCCAUGUCUGCUGCAAUGUAUAAUGAUAGAGAGUUGUCAUAUGGUAAAAUCUGUACCUAAAAUGAUUAUAAACAGCACCUGUCUUCGAGAACUGGUUCUCUAUGGUAUUAGUUCUCUCACUGCGUUUCCAACAAAUGGUUUACCCACUUCUUUGCAAUCACUUCAUAUUGAAGGAUGUGAGAAUUUAACAUUUCUACCUCCUGAAACGUGGAGCAAUUACACAUCACUUAACUCUCUUGAGUUAAACAGUAGCUGCAGCGCACUUACCUCCUUCCCAUUGAAUUGUUUUCCUAUGCUCCAAAAUCUUACCAUUUGGAAAUGUAGGAGUUUGGAAUCUAUUUUUAUUUCAGAAACCUCUUCUUGUAGAUCGUCAACCCUCCAAUUUUUUGAUGUCCGUGAGUGCGAGGCACUUAGAUCACUACCUCAACGAAUGGACACCCUCACCGCUCUUGAAAAGACAUUUCUACGCAAUCUUCCAAAUUUGAAUUUAUCAUCAUGUGAAGGAGCUUUCCUACCUCCCAAUUUACAAGUAAUUGAUCUUGAUUUUGUGAGAAUAACAAAGCCGGUAACAGAGUGGGGUUUCCACGGCCUCACUGCUGUUUCAAGAAUGGGUAUCGGAGGUGAUGAUCUUGUCAACGUGAUGCUCAAGGAGUUGUUGUUGCCCAUUACCCUUGUGUCUAUAGUAUUCAGUAAUCUCUCUGAAAUGAAAUCCUUGGAAGGAAAUGGACUUCGACACCUCUCCUCUCUAGAAAGGCUACAAUUUGAGAAUUGUCCAGAGCUUGUGUCAUUGCCUGAAAAAAUCUUUCCCUCGCUGAAAUUUCUUUGUUUUUAUAAGUGUCUAAGACUAGAGUCAUUGCCUGAAGACAGCCUCCCUACGUCUUUUGAGCAACUGAUCAUUGUAGAUUGUCCAUUGUUAGAAGAAAGGUAUAAAAGGAAGGAACAUUGGUCCAAAAUUGCUCACAUCCCUGUCAUAGAAAUAAAUGACCAACUCACAAUAUGAGCCAUGACCAUUGAGAAGCCAAGAGAAUGAAGAAUUCCCAUCAUGUUUCAGAGUCCAGGUAAUUCGUUAAUUCAAUUGGGUGUGUUUGUUCUUGUGGCUGAUAUAGAUUUCUAGAAGACUGAGAUGAAAAAGAGAGCUGAAUUUGGUUGCCCAAGAAGGUCUUACUUCAUUCUUGGCAAUAAGGCUUCCUUGAAUUGCUUUCAAAUGUUUUCUAGCCAAACUCAAACCAUGAGCUAGAGAAAGUGUAGCUUGGCCAAAAUGAGAAAGAGAAGAAGAAAUGGUAUUUCAAGAGCUCCAACAAACUCAUGGUAUUGUUGAGAUACUCUUCAACGGAAUCAAGUUUCCAUUGACUCAUUGGAAUUGGAUAAUCACUGUCCACUAAAAGUUUUGUUGAUGAAGGGCAAGAGACCAAAACAGCUUUGAGACCCAUGACAAAGACAAAGAUUCAGACUCUGACUCAGGUUUCUAUUCCAGUGCUAAUUGAUCAAUGAAUGACUUUAGAAAUAUGAGAGUGAAAGGCAUGAAGUGAUGUUGAUUUGGUUGAGGCUGACACUUGCGGUGAUUCUUCUUCUUGAUCAAGAGUUUUGUAAAUUUGUUCACUACCAUUGAUAAUUUUAUGUUAGAACAGAAAGAUGCUAUAAAGGUUUGUUUAUUGAAGGAUGUGUGUAUGAGUUGGUUGUAGAUUAAGGUUGUUUAUACUAAGAACACGGUUACUUAAUAUAACAUCAUUUUCAAAAUUUUACGUUCAUUAAUGAUUCAUUGGUUAAAAAGUUCUUACUAAGACUAGUAUUGAUCGGCUCGACGAAGAAUAAAGUCUACAUCUUAGUAGGCUCGACAUUUGAUACAUACGUGAACAUCGACAUUCAGCGUGGAGCAACACUGUAAAUUUCCAAUAACCUAACUCCAUUUUCAAACAACUCACUACUAUGGUAUCAUGAAGACCAACCUAAACCUCUUUUUGUUCUACACUUCAUAAAAAUUUCAACUCACAAUUAGCUUAACUUCUAGAGGUAGCACGUGAGUUCCAAUAGCAAAAUGUGAAACAACAACAACAACAACAACAACAAAAUGUCCAUAAUCCAGAAUGGUAUGACAUUUUCAAAAAGUUUAAGACUUUCUACAAAUUUAUAAUCUGUGAAUGAUCUAUUCGCAAAAUGAAAGAAGCUCAGACCCAUUAUUCUUAUCCUAAGAUAGGAAAGUUGAUGUUACCGAACACCACAAAUAUUAUCAUCACA